UUAAGACAAUAUUCACGAUUACAACACAUAAUAAACCAUGUAAAAAGAUUGGAUUUAUUUGCAUUUCACUUCGUAUGUUUGACGGUCGGUCAUGUUCAGGUCCAUUGCUAUAGGAGCAAAAUGGCUAGCUCAUCAAGCAGUAAUUUGAGGUUCGUUAUGAUAGGGAAAACAGGUUCUGGAAAGAGCAGCACGGCAAACACUAUUCUUGGACAGAGAAUAUUUGAUGAAACCCCUGGGGCUUCAUCAGUUACAAAACAAUGUGAUAUGAAAAAUGUGGAAAUAUUUGGAAAAUCUAUUUCAAUUGUGGAUACACCUGGACUUUUUGAUACGGACAAGAGUGAAAGCGACAUAAUCAAGGAAAUCGUUCGCAGCAUAGGAAUGGUAACUCCCGGACCACACGCUAUUUUAUUCACAUUAAGUAUUGGGCGUUGUACAGAUGAAGAAAUCAGUACGAUAAACAAAUUCGUGGACUAUUUUGGACAGCGUCUCCAGAAGUACGUCAUCGUUAUCUUCACCGGACAUGACAAUUGGAAGCGCUUCAACCUACAAACAUUUGAAAACUUUAUUGACACUCUUCCACAGAAUGUUAAAAAGUUUAUAAAUGAAACAUGCAAUCGGAGAUUUAUUCCUUUUGAUAAUACACUAACUGACAACGACUCUAAGCAUCAAGUCCAAAAGCUUUUCCAAAUUGUGGAUGAAAUGUUGCUUGCGAAUGGAGGAGAUUGGUAUACUGAUAUCAAUUACCAAGAAGCUGCGCGUGUAAUGAAGGAAAAGGAAAAAGAAGCGAUGCAAUUAUUAAAAGAGGCAGAAGAGAGACGUGAAAAAGAUCUAAAAGAAAAAAAUGAACAACUUUUAGAACAGGAAAGAAGAACAUGGAAAGAUCACAUGGAAGAACGUGAAAAAGAAUUCAACCUAAAAACAGAAGAGAUAUUAAAAUCUUAUCGUGAAUCCUUUGCAAAAUUCGAAUCAAAUGGAUCAAUUACCAUCAUGAAUAACAUACUUGCAGCUAUUAACCUUCUCAGAGGGACAACGGACACCAUCAGUUCUUGCAUAACACUUUAUGGUCAAGUCAAAAUCGCAAUGUCACAAGAUCAGUGGAUUUUCCCACAGAAAGAUUUUAAACAGUUUAAGGAAUUUCGAAACGUAUCAGGCCAUACACAGCGCUCACAUUUAAACAUUGAGGAUAUGCUUAGUUUCAAUUUUUCACAUGCAUACCAACGUCCAGAUAUUAGGAAUGUGUCCUUAGCUGGAGAUGUAGACUAGAGUUGUCUCAUUGGCACUCAUACCACAUCUUCAUAUAUCUAGAUUGUCAAUUUGCACAAACCAGGGAAAUACAAGCCUCUUAAUAUAGCAUAAACAGUAACAAUUAUAACAAGACAUUUUAUACAAACAGAUGACUUCAUAAAUAACACUUUUUUUAAAUAAUUUAUAAAUGGAUAAAGUCACAAUUUAAGAAAGUUAUGUUAUAAAUUAUGUCCGUGCCGAAGCAUUGACUACUAAGUUGAUGGCACCUUCGGGGACUGAUAGUCCAGUACCAGAUAUCGACCCAUUGCUAUACAAAAAUUAAAAUAAAACACACUUUAUCAA